UAAAACACAAAUCAUUCCGAGGCUCACACAACACUAUCCAUUAGUCACCUCGCUAGUGGCAACGUCAGCGAGGCAUGGAUUUCGUAUGAUUAUCAAAGUAGGUAUUAGAGAGCCUUUGUUGUAUGGUCUUCCCCACCCUUCGACAGAUUCGUCCAUGGAAUAAACGACCAUCGUUCAAAACAUCAUAUCUACUCAUCAGUGCGACUUUACAUCGACGGCCUAACAGUAGUGUUCUGGAAACUGAAUCAAUGGACAAUCUAAAUCGAGUAUCUGAAUGUCCCUUGCAUCAGCCAAACGCCUUGGACACAAAGCUAACGUUUCAGAUUGCUACACGUGGCAUCGAUAUAACGCUUCAAUUUUAAGAGUACAUGAAGAUGCAUCUCCAUCAGAGUGCCACACAUGUCGCACUUAGGCAAUAUUGCCCGCGACGUGAAGAACGUUAAUCACCUCAUACAAUUCCAUGCACAGAUCAUUCACCAUUGCCUCCACCACCAAAGCUAUUGGAUUGCCACCCUCCUCGGCCACUGUGGGCGCUUUCGGGCUCCGCUCGCCUAUGCCCGUCAGCUGUUUGAUUCCGUGCCUCACCCAAAUGUUCUCCUCUUCACAUGCAUGCUUAAGUUGUACUCUCAAUUCGGCGCGCACGAUGAUGUGAUCUCGCUGUUUGGCCGAAUGCAGAGCUCCGGGGUAAGGCCAGACGCCUUUGUCUUCCCGACCGUGAUAAAAUCGGCUGGAAAAUUAGGCGUCGGAGUCCAAGCGCAUGUUCUGAAAUUGGGUUAUGAUUCGGACCGGUACAUACGGAAUGCGGUGAUGGAUAUGUAUGCGAAGCAUGGGCCGAUCGAGGUUGCUCGGAAGGUGUUUGAUGAAAUGCCUGAGAAAGCAAUUGCUGAUUGGAAUUCAAUGGUGUCUGGGUACUGGAAAUGGGGUGAUGAAGUGGAAGCUCGCCGGGUCUUUGAUAUGAUGCCGGAGAGGAAUAUCAUCUCUUGGACUGCCAUGGUUAGUGGGUAUUCUAAGUGCAGUGAUCUGGAUAAUGCGAGGAGAUUUUUCGAGGAGAUGCCUAUCAGAAGCGUGGUGUCAUGGAAUGCGAUGCUGUCAGGUUAUGUGCAGAACGGGCUGGCAGAAGAAGGGCUGAGAUUGUUUGAGGAGAUGAUGGAUGCGGGAGUUCAGCCUGAUGAGACGACAUGGGUCACGGUCAUCUCAUCAUGCUCAGCUCAUGGUGAUCUUCGGCUUGCGGAAUCGCUUGUUGGGUCCCUUGACCGGAGGGCAAUAGAGAUGAAUUGCUUUGUUAGGACAGCAUUGCUCGAUAUGUACGCAAAAUGUGGGAGUCUAGAGACUGCAAGGAAGAUUUUUGAUGAGAUGACAGUACGGAAUCCGGUUUCUUGGAAUGCAAUGAUAUCAGCUUAUGCAAGGAAUGGCGAUUUGAUGUUAGCGAGGGAGUUCUUUGAUAAGAUGCCUGAAAAGAACGUCAUUUCGUGGAAUUCAAUGAUAGCUGGUUAUGCACAAAACGGCCAGUCCGCUACAGCAGUUGAGCUCUUCAAAGAAAUGUCCACAACAAAAAACAUGAAGCCAGAUGAAGUGACUGUGGUUAGUGUUGUUUCAGCCUGUGGGCAUCUUGGGACUCUAGAAUUGGGUCGAUGGGUAGUGGAUUUCAUUGCCAGAAAUAAAAUCCAACUGAGCAUUUCUGGGUACAAUUCACUGAUUUUCAUGUAUUCGAGAUGUGGAAGCAUGGAAGAAGCUAAGAGAGUUUUCCAUGACAUGCCGUCACGAGACAUAGUUUCAUAUAAUUCACUGAUUGCAGGAUUUGCAGCCCAUGGCCAUGGUUUUGAAGCUUUUGAUCUGAUGUCAAAAAUGCAAGAGGAGGGCAUCAAACCAGAUAGGAUAACGUUCAUUGGCGUUUUAACUGCCUGUAGCCAUGCUGGUCUAUCAGAAGAAGGCCACUGGAUUUUUGAAUCAAUCGAACACCCGGAAGUAGAUCACUAUGCCUGCAUGGUUGAUCUACUGGGCCGCGCUGGUGAAUUGGAUGAAGCCAAGAGACUAGUAGACAAAAUGCCAAUGAAGCCACACGCCGGAGUCUAUGGGGCUCUGCUCAAUGCCUGCCGUAUCCACAGAUGUGUCGAGCUUGGGGAGCUUGCUGCAGGUCAGCUCUUUGAACUCGAGCCAGAGAAUUCGGGCAACUACAUAUUGCUCUCGAAUAUAUAUGCAUCGGUAGGGAGGUGGGAAGAUGUCGAGGGAGUUAGGAAGGCGAUGAGAGAGAAGGGGGUGAAGAAGACGACAGGGUAUAGUUGGGUUGAAUUCAAUAAGAAAAUCCAUCGGUUUAUAGCUGGAGACCAGUCGCAUGAGCGGACAGAGGAGAUUUAUGGGGUCUUGGCAGAGUUGGGGAAGAGGAUGAGGGAGCUAGGAUACAUGGCUGAUAAGAGCUGUGUUUUGAGAGACGUUGAAGAGGAAGAGAAGGAAGAGAUGGUGGGGACACACAGUGAGAAGCUAGCCAUUGGAUUUGGGCUAGUGGUCAGUGAAGUAGGGGCCGUGAUUAGGGUGGUGAAGAAUCUUAGAGUGUGUGGGGAUUGCCAUCUAGCUAUAAAGAUGAUUUCAAAAUUGGUGGGAAGGGAGAUAGUGGUGAGGGAUAAUAACAGGUUUCAUAGGUUCAAGGAUGGGGAGUGCUCCUGCAAGGAUUACUGGUGAGACAUUGGCGUAGGGGGGAGCAUUUUCAGCGCAUUUUCGUCAUUUGCUAAGAUAAAUGGU